GUCAAAGGCUUUUUGCGGAAACGUCAUGUUUUACUCCUGGUUCCUAAUAUCAAAAACCACUGUUAUGGAACGAUACUUUUUAUUUUAGCCUGUCGAUAAUUUGCUGUGGGAAAAGGGCAAUAGAUGUCACGUGACGUUUGUUGGUAUCCUACCAAUCCCGUCUCACCUAGCUUGACAACCAUUCAGGAAGCAGGUCUGAUUAGCUUAUUUUAGAUAGCUAAAGAUUUAUAUCGUGCAAACAUGGCGUCGGUUAACCCGUUUAAUCUGAGUGAUUCAGAAGAGGAGAGUGAACGGCGACCAAACGAAACAGUUAACACGGAACGCAGCCCGAGUGACGGGGCGCCUGGACCGCCGCCGGGCAUCCCCUUUUCCCCGCCCGCGGACGCCGAGCCUCCGACUACGUUGCUAUCCAGCAACCGAACGAGUCCGAACGGCGAAGGCAUCUCGGUCCCUUCCGUGGCCACCGCCGCUAUGGCUGUCAACGUCGAGUCGCGAGUGUCGGUGGAUGUCAUCGCCGCUCAGCUAUUGCGUGACCAAUACAUCCUCACGGCCCUGGAGUUUCACAGCGAACUGUUGGAAUCGGGCAGGGAGCUCCCGAGGUUGAGGGAUUAUUUCUCCAACCCGGGUAAUUUCGAACGUCAGAGCGGCACGCCACCUGCCAAAGAUCAGGGAACUGGACCCGGUGGACCUUUGAAUCGAGCUGGCAGCAUCAGCACCUUGGACUCUCUGGAUUUUGCCCGGUACUCCGAUGAUGGCAAUCGAGAAUCAGACGAGCGGGUGGCAGUGCUGGAGUUUGAGCUACGGAAAGCAAAGGAGACCAUUCAGGCUCUGCGCGCCAACUUGACUCAGGCAGCAGAGAACGAAGUUCCCUCUCAGGAGAGAAAGAACUUCAAAUCAAGCCCUGAAAUUCAGGAGCCGCUACGCCCGCUGGAGAAAAGAGCCUUAAACUUCCUUGUGAAUGAGUAUCUCUUGAAAAAUGAAUACAAACUCUCAUCCAUCACCUUCUCAGACGAAAAUGAUGAUCAGGAUUUUGAGCUUUGGGAUGACGUUGGCCUCAACAUCCCAAAGCCUCCUGACCUGUUGCAGCUCUACAGAAAUUGCGGUUCCUCACUUCCUCCGACGAGGGACGUGGUUGACGUAGCAGUCGGAGCAGAUUUUGGCGAUCUCACUGGACACUGUGCAGCGCAAGAUCCCCCAUGGAAGCCUGACCUCUCACAACAGCAACAGGCAGAGAUCAUCCAAGAGUUAGAGUACCAAAUCAGUCUACUGAACAAUGAAAAGGAGAGUCUAGCUGAGCAGAUGAAGACACUUCAGAGUGAGAUCCAGACAUUGAAGCAGACGGUCUCCUCCCCACCACCGGCCACUCUUGCCCGUAGCUCGCAGAAUACAUCGAAUCCCGCAUCCUCUUGCACCGCCAUCACUUCCUCAGCUAUCCCACCCUCUGUGCCCCGCGCAGAUAACGGACAGUGCCUGGACAUCCGGGGUGUAUCAGAGCCUCAAAGUGAGCCUCCCUUAACGCAGAACACGCCACAGUCUCAAAAUAAGCUUAAAAGUCGACAUCCUGCACAUUUUGAUCAGCCAAACAGGAAGUUAUCCCCGGCAUUCCAGCAAGCUCUGCUAUCCUUCUGCCGAAUGUGCUCAAACAGUCGCCUGGGGGCAGAGGUGUCUCAUAUCGCAGAGAGCGAGGAGAGUGUGAUGUUAAUGCUGGGUCGCUGCCUUCCUCAUAUCGUCCCAAAUGUCCUCCUAGCUAAAAGAGAGAGAAUGGUUGCACAUCUUUGCCAGGAGCUGAUCCCUCUCAUCCUGUGUACCGCCUGCCUUCACCCAGAGUCCAGAGAGAGAGACCAGCUUCUUCACAUCCUUUUUAACUUAAUCAAGAGACCAGAUGAUGAACAGAGACAAAUGAUCUUGACGGGAUGUGUAGCCUUUGCGAGGCACGUGGGUCCCACGCGUGUUGAGGCAGAGCUUCUUCCGCAAUGCUGGGAGCAGAUUAACCAUAAAUAUCCAGAGAGAAGACUUCUUGUGGCAGAGUCUUGUGGAGCCUUAGCGCCGUACUUCCCUAAGGAAAUUCGAAGUUCGCUCGUGUUGUCCAUGUUGCAGCAAAUGCUUGCCGAGGACAAGGCUGACAUGGUCAGAGAGGCCGUGGUCAAGAGUCUUGGGAUUAUUAUGGGUUACAUAGAUGAUGCUGACAAAUACUCCCAGGGUUUUGAGCUGAUGCUGCUUUCACUCGGCGACCCUUCAGAGAGGGUAGUCAGUGCCGUCCACCAGGUCUUCAUUCCCGCAUUCGCUGCCUGGACAACAGAAUUGGGAACCCUUUACACGUCACUCAUCCCUUCUCUCUUGGCACGUAUAGAGAAGCUCUUCAUGCAGGGGGAACAUGGCCUGGAUGAGCACAAGCUGCACGUGUUCCUGUCAGCCCUGCAGAGUCUGACCCCUCCCCUUUUUGCCGUGGUGCUGCAGAACGCGCCCUUCACCAGCCGAGCCAAACUCCACGGAGACAUACCUGCAAUAGAGGUGACUCGCUUUCCAAGGCCGGCUUCCCCCCUCCAGGAUGUGGCCACCAUCAUCGGCAGCAGGGAGAUGCUGAGUGCCUUGCUCCUUCUCUACGACCACCAACUAGAGCAUGAAGGGACCACCGGAUGGGAAAGCUUGCUUUGGGUGGUCAACCAGCUGCUUCCUCAGCUCAUAGAGAUCGUGGGUCGCAUCAACGUGACCUCGUCCGCCUGCGUUCAUGAGUUCUCGCGCUUUUUUUGGAGGUUCUGUCGAACCUUUGGCAAAGUUUUUACCAACACCAAGGUUAAACCUCAAUUCCAAGAGAUUCUUCGCUUGUCUGAAGAGAAUGUUGAUGCUUCAUCUGGCAACGGUCUUCUUACAAAAGCCACCGUCCCCAUCUACGCCACGGGAGUCCUGACCUGUUAUAAUCAGGAAGAGGACCGCAAGUUGUUGGUGGGUUUCUUAGAGGAUGUUAUGACAACCCUGUCUUUGUCCCACGCACCUCUCGACAGCCUGAAAGCUUCCUUUGUGGAGCUGGGUGCUAAUCCAGUGUACCAUGAGUUACUGCUCACUGUUCUUUGGUAUGGAGUAGUCCACACCUCUGCAUUGGUCCGCUGUACCUCAGCACGGAUGUUUGAGUUGAUUCUCCAAGGCAUGAGCGAAGCGUUAGUAGACCGCCGGGCGGCCCCGGCCCUUAUAACUCUAUGCAAUGGGCCUGAAUUCUCUGUGAGGAUAUCCACAAUUCCUGCCUUUGGUACCAUCAUGGAGACCGUGACGCAGAAAGAGCUGCUGGAGCGUGUCAAGAUGCAGCUAGCAUCUUUCCUGGAGGACCCUCAGUAUCAAGAUCAGCACUCUUUGCAUAUGGAGAUCAUCAGGACCUUCGGACGCGUCGGACCCAACGCCGAGCCUCGCUUCAGAGACGAGUUCGUCCUGCCGCACCUGCACAAACUGGCUCAGGCAAACAACAGCCAAGCGGUGGAGAGCAAGAGGAUCGACAUCGCCACCCAGCUGUUCGAGGCCUACAGCGCCCUGUCCUGCUGCUUCAUAUCUGAGGAGGUGAUGAUCAACCACUUCCUGCCGGGCCUCAGGUGUCUCCGGGCCGACAUGGAGCAGCUCUCCCCAGAGCACGAGGUGAUUCUGAGCUCGAUGGUGAAAGAGUGUGAGCUCAAGGUGGAGAACAGAGGAAUGGGAGAUGCGCAAGGCUCCGUGUCCAUCGCAUCCAGUUUGGUGGGCGAGGAUGCCAAGACCAAGUUCCUGAGCAAGAUGGGUCAGCUGACCACAUCGGGCGCCAUGUUGGCCAACGUUUUUCAGAGGAAGAAGUGAGCAGCGUUGCGGCGAGGCCAGCCUCACCGCAACGUCUGACGACGCUCCCGAGUAGAUGACGACCGAUCAAAUGUGACGUGCAUUUCUGCGAGCGUUGAUUUGCUUUUUUCCCCCUCAGUCAAGUGUUUGUUUGACAUCUUCAAUUUAUGAGAAGAAGCGCCGCGGAGGACAAAAGUCCGGUAUUCCAUGAGAAGUGGGACAUCUUUUCUGGACAUUUCAGGACGACGUGAAGGCAUCGUUGUCACGCUAUGAACAUUGGAGGUACCUGUCACCUCCGAUUUUUACCAGGUGUCAUUUGGGAUGGAAUAAACCUACGAGUAGCGGUAUUAAGCAUGUCCGAGCAAAAUGGCAAUCCUUAAAGUGACUACAAAUGUUUGCGUGGAUGUGGUUCCGAAACAUCGCCUACUUGGAGUUCUAAAUAAUCGUCUUGCCUUUGUUUCCUCAAAAGUCUGUCUCCGCUGUCCGUUUGAUAGCUUCUGUUUUAUAACUUAUUUAUAUCUUAUUGAAGAACACACUUUAUUUCCAGCUUCCAAAGAAUUUUGCACUUCAUUAUUUUGUUGUUCUGAUGCACAUUCAGAUUGAUCACUACAGUUUUUUUUUUGUCGUUUGGAGUUGGUUGACUGUAAUUUGGGUGCAUUUUGUCCCGUCUUUCUGGUUGACUAGUGGAUGUUUCAUUCAAUUUCGGGGAGAGGUAGGCUCGGGUGGAAAACGUAAAUAACUACCAUACAUUGAACUGAGUGAUUGGUACUGAUGUAUACUUGGAAUCUGUGUCUUGGUCUAAUAAAAGGUCAUUUGCGGAUUUA